CGGCCGCGAAGAAAAGUAAAAGCAAAGUACAUAAAAGGGGGAGCAACACUGAAAAGCGCUCUCUCUAGGCCCCCCACAUCCGCCACCUCCUCAGUAUCCAUUUUUAGGGUUUUCAAAUUCAAACCGCCAAAUCCAAAUCCAAAUCACGCCUCGCCUUUGUAUGAGUAGGAUCUUCAAUCGGAGCUCCAUUGCCGGAUCGGGCGCCACGCGGUCUUAUCAGCUCCUCCACCGGCAAUGUCGGCGCUCAAUACAUCCACUUCGGCCUCGGGUUCCGACCCUCCGAUUGAUGGCCACCAAGAAACAGGUCCGUCACCAAAGGCAAUUGUAGCAGUUAUCGAUUCUUUAAAGAAACAAGUGGCUUCAGACCGCUCUAUUUAUAUAAAGAAACGAAUGGAAGAAAACACCGAGAAAGUGCUUGAUGUUACAAAAAAUCUUUAUAAGCUAUCAAUGGAAAGAAGAAAUUUUAAGAUUAUUUGUGGUGAUGGAGGUGUAGAUUUACUGGCAAAGAGGCAAAAAGAUGCAAUUGAUAUGCAUAGUGGUAUUGGCACCAGUAAUGGAGAUAACGAAAGCAGUAGCUCCCAAGAAGAUGGAUAUGCCCCUUCAGCAAUUCUAUUAGGAUCAAGUAUUGCAGUCAAGAAUGCUGUCCGUCCUAUAAAGCUGCCGGAAGUGAAAAAGUUACCACCUUAUACUACAUGGAUCUUUUUGGAUAGAAAUCAGAGAAUGACAGAGGAUCAGUCGGUUGUCGGCAGAAGGCGAAUCUAUUAUGACCAGAAUGGUGGCGAAGCUCUAAUUUGUAGUGAUAGUGAAGAAGAAACAGUUGAUGAUGAAGAAGAAAAGAAAGAUUUUGUGGAAUCUGAAGAUUACAUUCUGCGGUUGGUACAUCUGAUGCAGAUUGCAGAAACAACCAUCAAAGAAGUGGGUCUGUGUGAUUUGACAUUGGAUUUGUUGGCGCAGUGUCUAUCUAGAAAAUCUUGUGAAAUCAAGGGAAGAUAUGAAGAUCUUAUCAAGAAUGAGAUUGCUUUGUGUCGUGUGAACAAUGGAAAUGCCGAAAGUUUUGUGAACCCAUAUAUUGAUAAAGAUCUUGAUGCUGCUCUGGAUUCAUUUGACAAUCUCUUUUGCCGUCGUUGUCUAGUUUUUGAUUGUAGACUACACGGAUGUUCCCAGGAUCUUGUAUUUUCUGCAGAGAAACAAUUACCAUGGUUGUGUCCUGAUGUGGAGAAGGAACCGUGUGGCCCAAAUUGCCAUCGAUUGGACCUUGAGUCAGAGGGUAAUGCUACUGUGAGCUCCAAACAGACAAAUUUUGACGAAAAAGCUGCCACUGCCUCUAAUACUUCUGCCAUGCAAAUUCAAAAGAGGAAGCAGGGAGGUAAAUCUGUCAGGAUAAAAUCAAAGUCUUGCCAAAGUGAAAGUGCUUCUUCCUCAGAGAUCAAACCUAAUAAUGAUGUCACUUCAUCAGUGAAAAGCGCAUAUGCUGGGAAAUCCAGUGGUGACAAAAGGAGUAGCAAGAGAAUAGCUGAGAAUGUUCUAGUGGCCAAAAAGAAAAGGCAGAAGAAGAUGGCGACAUCAGAUUCUGAUUCUGUUGCUGGUAGUGGUCUCAGUUUGAAAGAUUUAAAUCUAAGGACUAAUUCUCGUCGAGAAAAUGAAGAUAUUAGUUCUUCUCAGAAAGUUAAAUCUACAAGUUCUAGAAAGUCUAGAAGGAAAGAGUCUCUGGUUCUAGACUUUGACAAAUCUUUGCAGGGGGAGGCUGACAGUGGUGCAUCAAAUGAGAGUGAGAGUAAUCAACCUAUGGCAAGCAGUGGUGACACCUUAAAGAAAGAAGAGUUUGUUGAUGAAAAUAUGUAUAAACAGGAAGUCAUUGAUAAUAAAUAUUGGAAACCAUUUGAAAAGGCGCUGUAUGAGAAGGGUAUUCAGAUUUUUGGUCGCAACAGCUGUCUGAUUGCUAGGAACCUUAUGAGUGGCUUGAAGAGCUGUUCAGAGAUCUUCAUAUACAUGCAUCGUUCUGAGAAAAAGAUACUCUCUCAUGAUGGUGAUGGAACAAUCCUUGCUGAUGGCUGUCUAAAAGCUGAUGGUAAUGAAACUGCGGGUGGUGGUGCACGCAGAAGAUCAAGAUUUUUACGUCGAAAAGGAAGAGUCCGUCGCCUAAAGUACACUUGGAAAUCUGCAGGAUACCAAUCAUUCAGGAAGCGGAUAUCUGAAAGGAAGGACCAGCCUUGUCGGCAGUACAGUCCAUGUGGUUGCCAGUCUGCCUGUGGAAAAACCUGUCCAUGUCUUGUUAAUGGUACCUGCUGUGAAAAAUACUGCGGAUGUCCAAAGAGUUGCAAGAAUCGAUUCAGAGGGUGCCAUUGUGCCAAGAGUCAGUGUCGAAGCCGCCAAUGCCCAUGCUUUGCUGCUGAUAGGGAGUGUGACCCGGAUGUCUGCCGAAAUUGCUGGAUUAGUUGUGGUGAUGGCACCCUUGGGGUGCCUUCUCAAAGAGGCGAUAAUUACGAGUGCAGGAACAUGAAGCUUCUUCUUAAACAACAACAGAGGGUCUUGUUGGGAAGAUCAGAUGUAUCCGGCUGGGGAGCUUUCUUGAAGAAUAGUGUUGGCAAGCAUGAAUACCUUGGAGAGUACACAGGUGAACUGAUUUCCCACCGUGAAGCUGACAAGCGGGGAAAGAUCUAUGAUCGUGAAAAUUCUUCAUUUCUCUUUAACCUAAAUGAUCAGUUUGUGCUUGAUGCUUAUCGGAAAGGUGACAAACUAAAGUUUGCCAACCAUUCUCCUGAUCCAAAUUGCUACGCCAAGGUCAUUAUGGUAGCUGGAGAUCACAGGGUGGGUAUAUUUGCCAAAGAACGAAUUUCUGCUGGAGAAGAACUGUUUUAUGAUUAUCGUUAUGAGCCUGACAGAGCUCCAGCUUGGGCAAAAAAGCCCGAGGCAUCUGGUGCUAAGAGAGAAGAUGGUGCUCCUUCAAAUGGUCGUGCCAAGAAGCACACUUAACAAGAUAUAUUCAUUUCUGAAGAUAGAUUUUGUCUUUCUUUCCUGAUAGAAACAUCCUCCGAUCCUCGAAUACCUGCUGGCUCAACUUCUAAUCAUUUAGUUGCUGGAGAUAAGCUAAAGGCAGACAUCUCCAGAGUAACCUAAACUGAUUCUUUUUGCUCGUGGCUACACUACUGACGAGUAUACUCACCAAAGCGGGAAAGAAUACAGGCGUAGUCCAUCUUUUCGUAUUUUUCGAUUAAAAUUCUUAUGUAAAAUGCCAUCAUCUCUUGCAAAAAUUCCUUUAGCGCAGCACAUUUGAAGACAUUUCACUUUUAUCAAUUAUUUCAACAAUAUUCAUCUAUUGUGAGAAACAAGUAUAUUAUCUUAUGCUGAUUCA